AUGUUAGCAUACAUGGGGUUCAGAGUAAUAAAGAGCAAGCUGAAACCCGUUCAGGCCUCUGCCAACAAGCUUCACGACAAAAUAUCGUCCAGACUUAAUAGAGACAACGACUAUGAUAAGGAAGCUAUCCAUAGCGAAACAAAGGUCCAUGUAAAAUACCAGGAUGUGGAGAAGUUUCCUCCUCCCCCAAAGCAUUAUUUACAGCUGCAUCCUCCUAGUCCAACUCCGGAAGAAGGAAGUGACGAAGAAGUUGGUUCUCCUGCCACUGUCCACCAUUCUCAGGCUCCUCAUCCCGCCGUUCCUGCUAGAAAAGAAGCACCCUCCGUGCCUACUCACCCUAUGCCAGAUCGAGCAGAUGUUCCCCAUCGGAAUGGUCCUCCACGGCCACCUUUAGCAACGCAGUUGCCCGUGAGCUCUCCGGUUUCGAGUACAGCAUCCCAUACUGCCAUGAGAGGCGCCGUUCCUCCUCCUCCUGUACGAAGACAGUCGGCUUCUUUUGCCUCUUCAGUUCCUCCUCCUCCUCCCAGAACAAACUCUUCAACUUCUUCCAUACCCUCUACGGCACCAAGUAAUAGGUCAAUGGCUGAACGCACUUCCUCUUCUUUUGUGUCUCCUUCGGCUCGUGCAUCUUCCGCACACUCUGUUCCCACAGCACUUACUAUGUUGGGUAACAAGUCGGCUGCUCCAGUUGCUAAGCCAAAGAGAAAGGUCCCUCCUCCGCCUCCGAAGCCGAAACAUUUGUCUGCAAAUGUGACUUCAAAUACCUAUUUCUCUUCUCCUUCUCAUCGUUCUUUGGCCCAUACGCCUGAUCCAUCAGCACCUCCGCCAAUCCCUGGGAAUCGCCCCAACAUUUAG